AUGUUUCGACAAAGGACGAGCUCUCAAAAGCCGGGGGAUGAGCUACUAGCAAACUUUCGCCAGCAGUUCCCCGACCUUGCUGCUGUCAGCACGUCGUCUACAGCGCCAGGUAUUUCGCAAACUACCGGUGCUGAAAACGCUCCCGGCCUACCUCUGCCUGAACGACAUAAUCUUAGUCAAGAUGCAUUCCGCGACCAAGACCCAACUCCAAGGGCCACCAACGAUCCUUGGAGGUUUACACCCUCUCUUCUAGAUCCUAACUCCAUGUCUUUCGCCAGCUUUGCCAACGCCCCUCCUGGGUAUUACACUCCCACCCCCGGAGGCAACAACACCCUGUUCCACCCUCAGGCUGGUGACUUACACACGCCAACGAUGGGUCUAGGCAUGGGUUUGAACACACCUCUGUCUAUGCCUACAUCGGGCGACUCUAUGCACCCAGGCGCCGCUCAACCAGUUAUGGACAUGUCCGGCUUCCAGGCAUUGCAACCGCAUCAGUUCCACCACUUUAAUCCCUUCAUUCAAGCACCUCCGCCUCAGCCAACAUUUGCACCCUCGAGCUUUGUGCAUCAAGAUACAGGCUACGAGACCAUGGACCAGGAUGGGUCGCCGAUGGACUCGGAUCCUUCAGAAGAGCGCAUGUCCUCCAUUGGUGCCACCCUUCACAAAAACACACCCAUGAUGAGUCUGCAAUCGCGGCAGUUCUCAAGUGGCCAUAUGUCUCAUCCACUCCCUGCGUCGGCUGAGAAGUUUCGAUUCCAUUCAACUCUAAAUGCCCCUACAGCCAUGAUCAAGCACGCUGAUGAAAUUCCUGUCACUUAUCUCAACAAGGGGCAGGCUUACUCGCUUUCUGUUGCCGACACUAAUGCCACUAUGCCUGUUGCGCCCGGUACGAAAUACCGUACCUUUGUGCGCGUAUCCUUCGAAGAUGAGCAACAACGACAACGGCCAGGUGUCUGCUGGGGUCUUUGGAAGGAAGGCCGAGGCACCAAUGAGGCCCACCAAAGAGGCGGAAAGCUCCAAGCAGUUGAAUAUGUGGAGGCAGGUCAGCCGGCCGAAGGUGACGACAAGAGAACUCGUGUGGAGCUAGAGUCUUCUUCCUUCGACGGCUUCUGCGUUACAUGGACGCCUGGUAUUAACGGCCCUCCCGAGGUCAACAUCGCAGUUCGCUUCAACUUUCUCUCCACCGAUUUCAGCCAUUCGAAGGGUGUCAAGGGCAUUCCCGUAAGGCUUUGCGCAAAGACUCACCCUAUCCCUUGCGACCCCUCACAGCCAGCCGCCGAUGCCAACCCUGAAAUCUGCUACUGCAAGGUCAAGCUUUUCCGCGACCACGGCGCUGAGAGAAAGCUUUCAAAUGAUGUAGCACAUGUCAAAAAGUCUAUCGAUAAGCUUAAGCAGCAAAUCGCUCAGGCUGAAAGUGGUUUGAAAGACUUUGGCAAGCGAAAACGAUCCAGUGGCGCUGCGAAGAUUGGAGAGCCGCAACGACCCGGCAAAGUCCAAAAGCACAAGCGAACAUGGUCCAUGUCUUCAGCUAGUUCUGCUGGAGGCGGCGCGAGAGUGACUAUGGAGGAAGACUUACACUUCAAGCUUCAAACUCUGCAAGACAUGUUUACUAGUACACGCCCUGUCAGUGUGCUGUUCCUCAGGGGUGAUGAACCCGACGACCCUGACUUACACCCAGUGUCCCUUCCUGGAGAUAUUUCACCCCUAACCAAGCCGGGAGAAGGUCCCAACUGGCAGGCCAGAAGCGGGCGAAGCUCAGCUGCAGGUUCUAUGAUAUCGCCUUCGCCUAGCUCCUUGUCACUAGUAUCGCAGGCGUCUGGUAUUGGCGCAGGCAAUCAAUGGAAGAAUUUCGACUCCGUGCCGGGUGGUGAAGUGUCACGCAAGGGCUCUGAGCAACCCACAAGGAUCAACAAGGGCGACGAUGAUGGCAGCCUCAGUGGAUGGAUUGAGGCUCUUGGCGUCGACACAUCCUAUCGACCACCCCAGGAUCGCAGCCCGAAACCCGUGGCAUGCUUUUACAUUCAACAACGAAGCUCGAACGACUCCGGAAAUGCUGAUUACCACCGUGCUAUUUACCUGAUGCAGCGCACGCUCCAGGAGCUCAACGACCGAAUUGCAGCCAAGUGGGGUAUCGACUCUUCCCGAAUCCUACGCACGAUUCAUUCCAUUCAAAACGGCCUCGAGGUGGAGAUGGAUGACGAUGUGGUUCAAGAGCUCAAGGAGGGCCAAGAUAUGACUCUUGAGAUUCAAGAGGUCACAGGGCAAUCUGCAAUCAAGAGGGAGUGGGAAAUGGCCGUGGAUCCUGUCGAAAACAUCACGGAGCCCAACGACAAGUCACAAAGUGGUUUCGUCCUUCGCCUCACUUUCUAAUCACUCUCUACAUUCAGUUUCUUUAUUAUCCUUUUUUUUUCCUUGCCUAUUCGCAUCUCCGUUUCGGACUGCGUUUGACGAUGGUUUGCAGCGACAAACAACACAUGGGUCUAGACUAGGGUUUGUCUUCUUUUGCUUGGUUCUCUCGCCUGUCGCCAGGUUGAGCACACGAUUGCAUAUAUAUACGGACAGGGAUAUUGGCUCUGGGGGCGUUGACAACUGCUCCUCUUCUUCAAAAAUGAUACCACUGGUUUUUCUUCUUUAUUCUUUUCGUCGGCACUGCGGAAGAUCAGGUGAUCGACGGCUCUGUUUUUUUUUGUUUUUGUUUUUGUUUUGCUUUUUCGACUUCUUCUCUUAAUGCUGUUUGUCUUUAUAUCAUAUUGUACGAACGGGUGGUUUGUUGUAUGCCGCAGGAUCACGGCAACAUGGGAUGGCAAGAAUUUCGGACCGCUCUCAAUCUAUCUCGACAAAGAUCACACCGACCACUAUGCACUGGAUUCGGAUUGGUCGGAUGUCCCUUGUAAAGAUUCAUCAGAUGAGAGUGCACUCUUGGCGGCUACUGUGCAAGUGGGUCUGUUCUGGAUACCUUUUUCCCACUUUCAUUUCGCAAGCAGUAUCCAUUUGUGUAAUGGCUUAUUGAAGCUGUUUCUUCUCUAUCCGUCUCCAACCGAAAGCAACAAUAUAUCACGCUACGAUGCCAUCCCAAUCUCAAUCACAUUGAAAUAAUACCAAGAAACGCACACGGAUCGCAUUCUCACACCAAGGGGGACACAGCGAGUCCAACGCACAUGGAACCAGAGACUCACGAAGUAAUGCUAGUAGGAUAUGGGGCGAGAAGGG